AUGGAGAAGCGCCUGCAGGAGGCUCAGCUGUACAAGGAGGAAGGGAACCAACGCUACCGGGAGGGGAAGUACCGAGAUGCUGUGAGUAAGUACCAUCGCGCUCUGCUACAGCUGCGGGGUCUGGACCCAAGCCUGCCCUCCCCGAUCCCUAAUCUAGGACCUCAGGGCCCGGCUCUUACCCCUGAACAAGAAAGCUUGCUGCACAUCACCCAGACAGACUGCUACAACAAUCUAGCUGCUUGCCUUCUUCAGAUGGAGCCAGUGAACUAUGAACGAGUAAAGGAGUACAGCCAGAAAGUUCUGGAACGACAGCCUGAUAACGCCAAGGCCUUGUACCGGGCCGGGGUGGCCUUCUUCCACCUGCAGGACUACGACCAGGCUCAGCACCACCUCCUGGGUGCUGUCAACAGGCAGCCAAAAGAUGCCAAUGUCCGGCGGUACCUCCAGAUGACACAGUCAGAGCUCAGCAACUACCAUCAGAAGGAGAAGCAGCUUUACCUGGGCAUGUUUGGUUAA